ACGACAGAGGACAAGAUGGUUGGACAGUGUUCUUGAAGAGACCAACAUGAGUUUGACCAAACUGCGGGAGGCAGUGGAAGACAGGAGUGCCUGGCAUGCUCUGGUCCAGGGGGUCACAAAGAGUCGGACACGACUAAAUGACUAAACAACAACAACAAAGAAUGGAGAGCAGGCACUACGACUCCCAGAAGGCAAUGGGAGAGCCGGCUCCUCCUUCUCCUCCCUUUCUCCCCCCGCCCGUUCCGAGUCCUCUCCAUUGGCCGGCUCCUCCGACUCCGUAUCUGGGCAAACCCCGGUCCCCGUCAGCCAAUGGGAGCCGAGAGCCGGGCGCGCGGGGCGUGGCUGGGCGGAGAGACGUUGGAGUUGGCGGUUGUUUCAAAUGGCGACGUGGCUGCUCGUUGGAGUAUUUCCACAGAGAGGAAUUUUAGAGCAAGACACCUGCUGAAAGGUCAGAAAGUGGAGGUGAAAGCAAAGGUGCCUGUAGCUGCUGCUCCUGCUCCAAUGGAUGCCUGGAAAAGUGCAGGCCAAGCGCCUGGGCAGCAGGUCCCUGACAAAGUAGGAAUGAAGAGUGCUUCUCUGAAGGAUUUAUGUCCUGAAGACAAGAGGCACUUGGCAAACUUAAUUAAGGAGCUUGCAAGGCUUCAUAUUGCCACAUAUCUCAAAUAUUGAUGGCGCUGCGUGAUUUCGGCCAUGCAGUCAUUACAAGGAAGAUUGAGAUGUCUGAGAAUUCAGGGGAGAGGAAUGCCAGUAUCACCGUCAUGCUUUGCUACGGGCAGAUGGCUCUGGGGGCGCGUCCUGAGGACCUCCUGCGCUUCAUUGAGCUCAUCGUGGCAGAGCUCCUCUUCCAAUUCCAGAACACCAGGAAGGAUGAGGCUCUGAAAAAGGGCCUUAUGAAGGCAGCCAUUCUAACAACCAAGGCGCUUGUGCAAACAAAUGUGGAACAUGUCAUCUUCCCGCACAAAGUGGAGCUCACCAUCUGCAUCAUUGAAGUCAUUGAAGAGGAGCCGCUGGGAUCUUUCUCCAUUUCUGUCCUGCACCACGCCAUCAUCACUGUCAGCUGCAUGACUGCCGUGAGACCACCUAUGGACUCCAUGCUUCGGUCUGAGCUAGUUAAGAAAAGCAUCAAGAAGGUGUUUUCGUUGCCCUCCUUGAAACUUACAAAGCUCAAAGCCGGGAGUCCCACGCAAUCAUCACAGAGCCAGGACUUUUAUCAGCAGACGGUCAACGCCUGCCUCAACAUGCUCACCAGCUUGCUGUCGGAGGCCCCCUCUCUGGAGGCGCUGCAGGAUAUAUUAGUGCACACAAAUGGCUGGAUUGACUCCACAAAAAUCUAUGAGCGUGAAAGAGCUGUCAAGAGCACCACCUUUUUAAUGAAAUAUGUUUCCGAGCAUUUGGACUUUGAUGUGAGUGACCAAGGCUUAACGCUGCAAUUUCAGAUAUAUAUAUAUUUAAUGUAUUAAAUUUCUAUCCUGCUCUUCAUCUGAAGAUCACAGGGUGGUUUACAAUAUAAAAACACAGGAAUACAAUAACAGAUCAUUCCGAUUAGAUAUAGCAAAUGGGUCUUUGGCAAUAGGCUUUUCGUUUUCGUUUUUAACUUGUUUUUAACUUGUUGGAUUUUCUCCGGAAAGGGUAAGUCUAGAUUCAAUGGAGGUAGGUUACAGGAUGGGAUACAGGCCAGCAUUUAU